CUUGUACCAUGUGACCUCUGUGAUCAUUCACAGAUUUCACACGUAAGCAAUGAUGUCACAAGUGACAUCUUGCUUACUACUUUGCAUGUGAUCACUGAUUGGCCAAUCAGUGAUCACAUGAUCGGGAUCCCGUCCAACGAUCACGGGCACCGGAUCGCUGUGCUGCGUGCUCCAAGGGAGCGAGCGCAGCUAGAAAUGGCGGGUGCCGUUUAUGAACGGCAACCCGCCCCUGGAGUGCCACCGUCCUGCCGUUUUUAUAAACAGCAGGCGGACGGCAAGUGGUUA